CGUUCUGAGGUGUAGUGCUUCCUACCGCGCAUGCGUCAACUCAAUGUGUACGGAAGAGCCGUAGCAGCAUGUUGGACGGUGUAAACUGAAAUGUUCAAACACGUUUUUCUGACAGGACCUCCAGGUGUGGGGAAAACCACUCUGGUGCAAAAAGCCUGUGAGGCUUUAGUGUCCUCCGGAGUGGGAGUUGAAGGGUUUUACACCGAGGAGGUCAGGGAGGGAGGCCGGAGAGUCGGCUUUGAUGUAGUCACUGUGACAGGAGAGAGGAGCCACCUGUCACGAAUCAGAGAUGUUGCCGGUUCAUCUCAUGGCAGACGGGAGAACACAGUCGGCCAGUAUGUGGUUGACUUGCCUUCGUUUGAAAACCUGGCUAUCCCCCUCUUCAGAAAUGUAAGACCAGCAGAUGGGGGCAGCAGGAAGGUGUUCGUCAUUGAUGAGAUCGGCAAAAUGGAGCUGUUUAGCCAGUCGUUCAUCAGGGCAGUGAGACAGACUUUGGAUAGCUCCUCCUGCACCAUCCUGGGCACCAUCCCCAUUCCCAAGGGUAAACCUCUGGGUCUCGUGGAAGAGGUGCGGAGCAGCAGAGAUGUCAAGGUCUUCACUGUGUCUAAGGAAAACAGAAAUGCCAUUCUGCAAGACAUUUUAGCAACACUACAAAGUUGUCUUAAACACACAAGCUAAUAUGGAGAUUCACUGCGCUUGUUUCAUUUGUGUCAGUGUGUAUACAGUACACACAGCCAGACCGCUCAGUGAAUCUACCCCUGCUUCAUAACAGGUUCAUGACCUAACUUGAGGGGCACACCGAGCUGCCUCGAAGAGUCAGUGUGUCACCUGCAUAUAUUUAUGUACACACAUACAUUUCUUUUUUGUCUUUCUCAUUUAGCUUUAAAAUGGAUUGCAUGCUAAAUAAUAAAUUGUGAGAUGAUGGAACACAGCGGGGAAAUUGUUCAGUUAGUGCGUAAAUAUCCAGUGCUCUCCGAGCCAAAGACUGCUGGUCCCCAAAACAGCGGUUCUAUUUUUUUAUUCAGCUGUGGGUUUAAAAUAGACUCGAGCAAGCAUUUCUCAUUUGUUAGCUUAUAAUAUUAAUUUGUUCACUAGGACAAGUGGUGCUAUUUUAUUUUGUGUAAAGUACCAAGCAGAGUAGUGUUUAUUCAUUUAGAUCUUGGCUAUGUGAGCCCCCCUUGUGUUUGUCUAGUCAACCUGAGUGGGCUCAUUGAAAAAUAUCAAUAUUUAACGGUGCAACUGUGUCCAAUCCUGUCAUGAUUUAUUCAUCCACUAGCAUGAAGAAAAGAACAGAAAAAUAAACAGGUAUUGUCUUUCAGCAA